UGACCCGCGGCGUGAGACACGAGGGACGGUAGUCCAGAGGCUCUUUCGGUGAAUUGCACCACCAACAUCACCACACGCUGCUCAUUCCGUGCUGAGCUCGGCUGCUGGACUAAAAGGCCACGCCCCUAGCUGCUUGUUCAUGUUCAGACACACACAUGUCGCGCGUCAACUGAACCUCCAUUGAACUCUCUUGCCAUGGCGCCUUCCAAGUAUGAGGUCGCCAGCGAGGAAAUGCAGCCGCUGAACCGCUCGCGAGACACGCCGAGCCCCUACGAAGACGAUGAAGGACGGCCAUCGGGCUCUUCGGCCAGCACCACAUCGUUUGUUCUCGAGAACAUGAACGACAAAGCCAAAGAAGCCUUGUGUGCCGAUGGGCCGCAUACCAAGGAGGAAGACGAUGGAGGUGACGAGGAGGAUCUUGCCUGGCAAACUAAAGUCAAGCCGGUCGAUCGGAAAGCGCGACGCAUACUAUACGUGCUGGUUGCCAUAGGUGCCGUAGGCUGGAUCGCAGCGCUGUUCCUGUUCUUGGGUCAGAACAGGCAAUUGACACACGCCGAACGACCGCACGAUCCACACGCUACAAGCACGACAGGGAAUGGUAAAAAGGUCACAUUGGAGCAAGUACUGUCAGGCUCGUGGUUCCCGCAACAACACUCAAUACGAUGGGUUCCGGGCCCUGCUGGCGAGGAUGGCUUGCUACUGGAGCGAGGCGGCGCCGAUGGACGUCAAUACCUGGUUGUCGAAGAUGUGCGGUACAGGGGACAAGACGUAUCGGUGCAAAAACAGAAUGCCAAAACCCUGAUGCAAAGGGGUGUCUUCCAAGUGGGAGGCGAAACAGUCAUGGUUCACGAGGCCUGGCCGAACCGCGACCACAAGAAAGUUCUCGUCCAGAGCGACUACCAGAGCAAUUGGAGACACAGCAACACUGGGAGGUACUGGAUAUUCGAUGUUGAAAAACAACAGGGACAACCGCUCGACCCCGCCAAUACCACUGGACGCGUACAGCUGGCGUCGUGGAGCCCGACUGGCGAUGCUGUUGUGUUCACACGAGAGAACAACAUGUUCAUCCGGCAUCUCGAUUCGGACAUUGUAAACCAGAUCACGACCGAUGGCGGCAAAGAUUUGUUCUACGGUAUUCCGGAUUGGGUGUACGAAGAAGAAGUACUCGCAGAUGGCGGCGCGACCUGGUGGAGUGGCGACGGCAAAUACGUCGCCUUUUUCAAGACCGAGGAAAGCAAAGUUCCUACAUUCCCCGUACAGUACUUCUUCAGCCGGCCAAGUGGUAAACAGCCCUCGCCUGGUGAGGAGAACUAUCCGGAAGUGCGCAAUAUCAAAUAUCCCAAGGCCGGCGCCCCCAUGUCUGUAAUUGAGCUAUUGUUUUACGAUGUCGCCAAGGGACAAGUCUUCAAUGUACCCAUUCAGGAUGACUUCCCAGACGACGACCGACUCAUUACUGAAGUUAUCUGGGCUGGCGAAACUGGAAAGGUGCUCAUCCGCGAGACAAACAGGGAGAGCGACAAGCUCAAGAUGAUUCUGGUCGAUGCGGAAUCGCGGACUGGCAAGACUGUGCGCGAGCGGGACGUACAGGGCCUUGAUGGUGGCUGGUUUGAGGUCAGUCAUACCACCAAAUAUGUACCUGCGGAUCCCGCCAAUGGACGACCCAAUGAUGGCUACAUCGACACCAUCAUUGACGACAAUUUCGAUCAUUUGGCGUAUUUCACACCUCUCGACAACCCGGAGCCAAAGAUGCUCACCAAGGGCUCAUGGGAGGUUGUCAGCGCCCCUUCUGCUAUUGACCUGAAGGCCAACGUUGUUUACUUCAUUGGCACGAAAGAUGGCAGCACUCAGCGGCAUGUUUACACCACGAAGCUGCUCGAAGGCCCAUCCAGUGUUACCGCUGUAACAAAGACUGGCGAAAUUGGCUACUAUGAUGCUUCUUUCUCUGCCGAAAGCAAAUUCAUGUUGCUCACUUGCAAAGGACCUGGCAUUCCAUGGCAGAAAGUGCAGUCUACCCCAACAAACAACGAAAUCUCUGUUGAUGUCACAAUUGAGGAGAACACGCGCCUGAACGAACUGGCCAAGAGAACGGAGCUCCCAAUCGAGAUAUACUCCACUAUCAAUAUUGAUGGCUUUGACAUGAACAUCAUUGAGCGCCGUCCACCACAUUUCGAUGAGAAGAAGAAGUACCCAGUGCUCUUCUGGCUCUACAAUGGACCGGGAUAUCAACAGGUUGACCGCCAGUUCACUGUCGAUUUCCAAUCUUUUGUUGCAAGCAGCCUUGGAUACAUUGUAGUCACUCUCGAUGGAUUUGGUACUGGUUACUUGGGCCGAGCGCAAAGGACCAAAAUUCGGGACAACAUUGGUUAUUGGGAGGCAUACUCUCAGAUCGCCGCCGCGAAAGCGUGGAAAGCCAAGAAAUACAUUGACUCCGACAAAAUGGCCAUCUGGGGCUGGAGUUAUGGUGGCUUCAUGACAUUGAAAUGUCUCGAACUCGAUGCUGGCGAGACUUUCAAAUACGGCAUGGCUGUUGCUCCUGUCACCGAUUGGCGCUUCUACGACUCGGUCUACACAGAGCGAUACAUGCACACGCCACAGAACAACCCAUCUGGCUACGACAACGCCACCAUUUCGGACAUGAGCGGCUUGUCGAGCAAUGUCCGUUUCCUUGUCAUGCAUGGCGUCAGCGACGACAACGUACAUUUCCAAAACACCUUGCAACUUUUGGAUAAGCUCGAUCUUGCAAACGUGAGGAACUACGAUGUACACAUUUUCCCGGACAGCGAUCACAGCAUCUUCUUCCACAAUGGCCAGGUCAUGGUCUAUGAGAAGCUACGGGACUGGCUCAUCAACGCUUUCAAUGGCGAAUGGCUGCGCACUGAUGACCCCACGCCGCUGAGGAUCGGCGCGUCUUGAGGUGGAAGAGAUAUGUGAACCACUCAGAGUCCACACUAUACGAAGCCCACCAUGCCAACUACCUCCGCCGAUGAACCAGCAAGACUGAAUCCGUUCAUGCCCGCGGAUUUCCCGCCACAAGGUCUUGGAGAUUACAAUUCCCAAGAAGUCAGAUCGUAGCGCUUGCCCUUGGCCAUUCAUCUGGCUCACCGGAGGCUAUGCACGAAAGAAGCACUUAUUUGCUGGCUCUACGCCAGACGAUCCAGGAAAGGAUCUCGUUACCCGUGCAGUCUUGGAGAAUGUGCACUUGCAUGAGAGCAUGCAAUGCUGUAGCUUAUGAUCAAGAGACGUUAUUCUUAUGAUUAUUAAAUGCUCGCAAGAGUAUCAAAUGUUUUGAUAUGAAGGGUGUAGAAUGAACCGGAAGACCACUGCGUCGUCAUUGUCGAAUAGACUCGACAUGUAUGUACAGGAAAUUAAUGUCGCAAACAGACAUUGAACCAUGA